AUGGCACCCUGGCUCCGUUUCCUGGAAGCCUACAUGGUCCGAGCCCUCCUCCGCACCCCCGCCUUCCACCGCGGCGUCGAGAAAGUCGUCAAGCGCGUCCACCAAUUCCGCCACGGGAUCCCGCCCGAAGAGAUGGGCGGCACCAAGAUCGAUAUCGAUGGUCCUCAAGGCGAGGCAGGCUUCGGGAAGCACUUCCUCGAUGAGGUGAAGACACAAAUUGGUGCGGCGGAGCAGAGAGAGACUGCUAGCGGUGCGGUCAGGACGCAGGGUGUGAAAGACGACAGUGUGAAUGUGAGGAGGGCGGUGCCGGAGGAGGAGGAUAGUGAUGCGGCGUGGCAGAAUAUGCAGAAGAGUGGGAGUCAGGCACCUAAGGCGGGGUUUAUGGAGGAGUAUAUGGAUGCGUUGAGGGAGCAGGUAAGGAAUCAGAACAAGGGGGGAUGA